UAUAAUUUUCUACUUGCGUUUUGCCGACUUCUGACUAGUGAAUUGUGACUUAAAAAUUUAAAGAUUUCAUUCGGCAAUUUUUAUUAGUAGGUACCUUAUAGAAUAUUGUUGCUCUUAAAAAUAAUUUCUUUUGUUCGAUUGUUAGUUUUUAAACAGACGACUUUUCGUUGAUUUAUUUGUCGAUAUUUCAACAGUGUUCAGUUUUCAAUUAUAAAUCAAUAUUAAGUAGGUGCAUACUAUACAAUAUACACCUACGGCAGCAGUCAUGAGCGACGAUGAUAUUUGGCGUACUUCGAGUUUUCGACACAAUGUGGUCAAUAAAAUUGAUGAAGCUAUUGCUCAAUCAGGAAUGCCCACGUCAAAGAACAGUUUGGAAAUGGAAAAUCAUGUAUUCUUGAAAGCCAAAAGUAAAGAUGAGUACUUAAGCUUUGUUGCACGUUUGCUGUUACAUGUAGGUGGAAGAGAUAUGAGAGGUGGUAAUCAGAUGAUGAAUAUGAACCAAAACCCUGGUCCUGUAAAUGCAACAACAUUAUUGCAAACAUUAAACAAUCGACCACAAACUCAAAAUAAAUUACCUGGCCAAAUGACAAUGGGACCUGGUCCAAUGAACCAAGGUCCAAUGAGCCAAGGUCCAAUGAACCAAGGUCCGCCAUUAAGACCUAGUGGACCUAUGGGUCAAGGACCAAUGAUGCAAAAUCCUAAUGCAGGUCCUAUGGGCAAUCAGAUGGGUCAAGGGCCUCCUAUGCCUAUGUCUUCAGUCAUGGGUGGUCCACCAAUGCAGAAUAUGCCUGUUCAAAUGCCUGUACAAGGAAUGCCUGUACAAGGUAUGCCUGUACAAGGUAUGCCAGUGCAGGGUAUGCCUGGUGUUGUUCCAAAUAAUAUGCCAUCAAAUGCUAUGGGUCGUAUGCAACCAAGAAAAAUGGCUGUUGGCCCAGAAAAUGUGAUGAUGAUUCCUAAUCAACCAGUCGUUGGAGGAUAUCCAGCUGGACCACCAAGAUCUGUAGGGAGUAAUCAAUUUCUUAGUCACAAUAGUCCUUCAUCACCUCAACAAUCACCUGUUAAUGUUCUUCCAUCUAGUAAUCAAAUGAUUGGUUCACCAAGUGGUCCUCAACUAACUCCUAGUGGUCAAAUGAGUGGGCCGAUUAGAUCAAUUGGUAAUGUGCCAUCUCCAGGUAGUUCAGUUCCAUCAUUAAAUACUCCUAUGAACCCAUCAUCUAAUGCAGGUCCAAGUCCUCUUGCACAAGAAGACAUAGCAUAUAGAGAAAAAGUUAGGCAACUGAGCAAAUACAUUGAACCUUUACGAAAAAUGAUUGCACAUAUGGGGAAUGAAGAUGUUGAAAAAUUAAGUAAGAUGAAAAAGCUUCUAGAAAUACUAUCAACUCCCACCCAACGGAUGCCGUUGGAAACUUUAUUGAAAUGUGAAACUGCUUUGGAAAGAUUAGACUUAAGCAGAGGAGAAGGUGGUAGUGUUCCUCCGCCACAAUCAUCUACCAUGAGAGAGGUGCAUCCAUUAAUUGAAGUGAUUGGGUCAAUGAUACAAUCACCAAACUUUAAUCAUACGCUUCACAGAACAUUUGCACCUUGCAUAGAAUUUAUGGUGGGCCAAAGACGACCUUUAUCACCACCACCAUAUACAGGAAAUGAAAAUUCCAAUGAAGUUCAAAGUAUCAUACCUAAAGCAUUAGAAGGUGAAAUUGCAAGACUCGAUCAACGUUUCAAGGUUUCUUUAGAUCCUGUUCGUCCAAGUGGAGUUUCUUGUAUCCGUCUCUUAUGUUGGUUGGAUGAUAAAAAUUUGCCUUGUGUACCCCCAAUUAAUAUCAUUGUUUAUGAGAAUUAUCCCCCUGCAAAUCCCGCAUGUAUAAUUUCGUCCAAUGACUAUGGUGGCACAUCAUUUCUCAUGUGUGUUAAAGAUGUGUUUGAGUCAAGGAUGAUGUUGAUGCCAGUCCGUUUUACAGUGUCUCAUAUACUUGACUCGUGGGAAAUGAGUGUUAGGCAAGCAGUAGCUCUUUUACUUGAUAACAAAGAUUCAAUAGCCAAUAAUUGAAUGUGGUAAAAUUCAUAUCUCCUGAACUCCAUAAAAUUAUGCUCAUUUUAUUUUAUUGUUGUUAUUAUUAUUAUUAUUAUUAUUAUUAUUAUUAUUACUUUUAUUUGUGUAAGCAACAAU